CCAUGAACCGAUUGAUAGCGCUUGUGUGUGCGUUAGUAUAUUCGAGCGACGCAGCCAGGAUCUUAGCCGUGUUUCCAACACCUUCAAUAAGCCAUCAAGUAGUCUUUAGACCAUUAACACAAGAACUAGCGAAGAGAGGACAUGAAGUCACCGUCAUCACAACAGAUCCAGCCUUCCCGAAAGGAUUAGCACCAGCCAAUUUGAGAGAAAUUGACGUACACGACAUAUCAUAUGGUAGUUGGCGAAAACAAAUGGCGAAAAUCAAAAACGGUCAUAAAAAUGAUGUUGGAAAACAAGUUAAAGGAUUCAAUGACGUAUGUGUUGCAAUAUUCGAGAAACAAACUGCAGUUGUUGAAGUACAAGACAUAAUUCAGAACAAGAAUAACAGUUUCGAUUUGUUGCUGGUAGAAGCUUGGACGCGGUUUGUUUUUGGAUUUACACAUGUUAUCAAAACGCCAGUUAUAGCAGUAAGUUCUCUCGGUGCUGUUAUAGAUAACUAUGACGUCAUGGGAGCACCGAUUCAUCCUCUGCUUUACCCUCAAACGAUAGCUACAGGUAUUUACAAUCUAUCAUUUUGGGAGAAAGUUACAGAGUACUACAAUUAUUUUUCUACGAUGAACGACUUCAGAAGUACAGAAAAAUAUGAAGAUGCGGUUUUGAGGAGGAUUUUUGGUGAAGAUACUCCUCCUUUGAGUGAAUUGAAGAAUAAUAUUGGUAUGAUGUUCAUAAAUAUGCACCCUAUAUGGGAAGGCAAUAUACCAGUUCCUCCUAGCGUGAUUCACAUUGGAGGAAUGCAUCAGAAACCGGAAAAGGAUUUACCGCAGGAUCUAAAGCAGUAUCUCGAUUCUUCCAAGCAUGGCGUGAUCUACAUAAGUUUUGGCACAAACGUCGAUACCUCUUCCCUACCCAGAGAAAAGGUCCAGUCCAUCAUAAACGCGCUAUCACAUCUACCUUAUGACGUGCUCUGGAAGUGGAACCAAGAUGAGCUCCCAGGCCGAACGAAGAACAUCAGGAUUUCAAAAUGGUUCCCGCAGUCUGACCUUUUGAGACAUCCCAAGGUCAAACUUUUCAUCACGCAAGGAGGUUUGCAAUCAACAGACGAGACUAUCACUGGAGGGGUGCCAGUAAUAGGCAUUCCUAUGGUUGGCGAUCAGUUUUAUAAUGUGGCCAAGUAUGACUAUCACAAGAUCGGCAAGAAAUUAUGCCUUGACGAUCUAAACGAAGAAACGCUCAGGAGUGCCAUAGAAGAGGUUAUUGAGAAUAAAAGUUACCGAGAAAACAUAAUCCGCCUAAGAACCCUAAUGAACGACCAACCAAUGUCAUCCCUAGAGCGCGCCAUCUGGUGGACGGAGCACGUACUUCGCCACGGCACUAAGCAUCUCCGCGCGCCCGCCGCCAAUAUGCACUGGUUUGAAUACUACGAUGUGCAACUACUAGUCAUUGUACUGUGCGCUGUUUCAACUGUUAUAUUAAUGGGUUGUAUAGUGUUGCGUGAGAUAGUUAAGGUAGUUUCAAGUAAUAUUAAAGUUAAGGUUUCGUAGUUUUGUGAUGUGUGAUAUUAGAAUGUGAUGAGAUGUGUGAUGACUGUGUGUAUUUUAAUUAAAUAAAUUGUUUAUUUGAAUGUGACUGUAGCAGCAUUACUGCUGCAGCAGGUGUUACUCGUAGUGCAGGGUUGGGGCAGCAGGAAAAGACAGUAUAACGGGAAAUCUCGAUAUCGAAUUAACCUUUAGGUGAUGACUGUUGUCAACAUAUUUUUGACGUUGUAAUGAAGAAUUAUCAAUUACAUAGUUAAUAUUGUGGUAAUAGGGACUUAUUAUUUAAGGAUCAUUAUUAAUAGGUAUAAAAGUGUGAUAGAAAAAUGUGAAACAGCCAGUUUUGUCUGUAUAAUGAUUAAUUAAUUGAUUAGGUACUACAUGUUUGUGUGAUUUUGUAUGUGUAUAUAUAGCAGUUACGUUUUGCAUUUUUAGUUACUUCCACAAAAAAACAGCAACUAAAACAUAAUAUACACACACAUAAUAUAUUCAUAUUUAAUAAAAAAUACUAGCAAAUUUAAUUUUAUAUCGUUAUUUAAUCCUAAAUAAAAGACUUCUUCAAAUUUUUUUGUACCCGAAAAUAUUACAAAUUUCACCCCUAGUUAACAAUACGACCAAAAUACAUUAUGAGACCACAGAGUCUGGAUAAUGAAAGUUGAACCUGAAAAAACGCGGCAACUUAAAAAAAUCUGUAGCAGGCGGCUCUGUGAUUACAAGGAUUGGAUAAUUUUUAUACUUUUUUUUUAUACGUCGGUGGCAAUCAAGCAUAUGGCUGCAAGCUGAUGGUAAGCAGUUACCGUAGCCUAUGGACGCCUGCAACACCAGAGAUAUUACACGCGCGUUGCCGACCCUUUAAAAACCUUGAUGAACUUUUUAUGAUUUCUAGAAUAUGAAAAUUAUAAAAGUUAUAAAAGUUAUGCAAUCCUUGUUAUCAAAGAGUGUUACCGAUUUUUUGAAAAUGCCGCGUUUUUUCAGAUUCAACUCAUUAGCCAGACUAUCUAAAGACAACAACAACUUACUUUUCAACACACUUGCUCAAAACGACUUUUUUAUUCCACCGAUUUUUGGCGCAUAAUCCUAGAUAUUAACUUGUAACUUUUUCAGUAUAUUAUAACACACGUGCGUUUUCAUUAUAUUAUCCGACUGAGUUAGGAAGGUAACUGAUUGCUAAUCAUAUGCAUGAAAACGGAGCCUUCUUUAAUUGGUCGGACUGGCGCGGCCGGGGCGAGGGGCGGCCGGCAGUAUGACAGGUGCAAGACUAGAUGAGUACAUACUAACUGUUUUAACAAUUAAAAUUUGAUUAUUAUGAAAGUUUCUUCUUUGUCCUCUCAAGUGUGUUGAAAAACGUCGUAUGAAACGCGUGUGCAUUGGUCAUUACACACAUCGGCUUUCUUAUUGCGCAAUAUCGCCUCGUGUGUAAUGACCAACUUAGCACACUUGUAUCACAAUGUACUAUUAAUGCAGCUUGUUAAGGUUACUUUCGAAUAGCGACUGCAGCAAUGUUACUGUGUUGUCACGGGCGAUGUCACUGUCAAUUUCCUUGAUCAAUUGCAUUGGUGUAGUUGCCACAUUGCUGUCGUGAUUAUAACGAUAAAUGUAUCAGUAGUUUCAUCAAGAACCUGUGCUUACCAAGCAGCAGACAACAACUUCCGAAUAACUGACAGGCCGAUAUCGUCCGGCGGACUGAUAGUCAGUGGUCUCCUUUAAGUAAAAUUAACGUGGCCACGCGUAAUUAAGGCCGGUAGUGCUGCUGCCAAGUUCGUUAGUUUGUUCGCGGUAACGAGAUACUCCUGUACUCCAACUUUGCAACAACCACAGAUCACUUCACUAAUAGAUGAAGAUGAUAAUGCUUUAUUUUGACGAAACUUAAGGUGGACGAGUUUUCUGUAAGGUGACGAAGCCUGCGCCGUUGAUCUGAAGGUAUGCUAUGUUUUUAUUCAACAAAGUUGUUUCUUAUUUAAAAAACAAAAAGAUGAAGUGUAUUAUCAAGUUAAAAAGAUGAUUUGUGUGUAUGUAUGUUCGCGAUAAACUUAAAAACUACAGAACGGAUUUUCAUGCGGUUUUCACCUAUCAAUAGAGUGAUUAUUUAUUUGUGUUCUGAGGUUGUGCAAUAAAGAGGAUUUGUAUUGUAUUGUAUUAUUGAGGAAGGUUUAGGUAUAUAAUUUGGUAAGGUUUUAUGUAAUAAAUACCUACAUGCCCUAAUCGGAAUUUGAACCCAGGACAAAUAACUUUGCAGGGUGAUCUUCGGUGCUUAAUGCUAGUCGACUUGAGUGGUUUUAAAUAAAUUAUGUUUAUGUUAUGUUAUGUUAUUUAGAGGCGAUGAAAAUUGUAGCUAAAGGCGAAAGCUUGACUAUGAAGAUAGGAUCAAUAAUGGAUUGGUUACGGUUAUAGGAUAUUGCCUACUGGGCAGUUAGGUAGCAAUUAGACAGUCUCCAUAUAAUUCUUCUUCUUUUUAUAAAUUUAUGAUUUCGCCAAUCCCAAGUGUGUUCCUAGAGCAUAACAUUGUUCCGUAGUUGCUUGUAGUAAAGUGAAUACUUUACAAAAAAUAGCCACGAUGGAUUGCCGGGUGUUGACUAAAUAAUGGUUCUUCAUUCUACGUCAGAUCACUGCAUAAUAGCUAUCAAUAUUACAACACUUAAAGUACCAACCCGCACCCCCGCGCUGCCCCUGCCCUGUAUUUAGUAUGCGUUUCUGUAGCACUAAACUGGGUUUCCACUCACCGGUGCCCCGCAUGUCGCGCAUAAUACAAUUAGCAAGCAAAAUGCCUGGUUGGAUAUACACCAUGACAGCUUGUGUAGUUUUAAAAAGAAACUUAUUUCCGAUUGAAGUGCCUCUUGGCAUUCACCCUUAUUUAUUUAAGUUUAUUUAUUGUUUAGUUUUUAUCUAGUUAUUAAGCAUAAUGAUAAUUCUUCUUAUCUUAUUAAAAUGUUUAGAGUAAAAUACUAAUGCAUGCUUUUCUCCUGUAAUUUGUGGCGCAAUCAUAAUUUAAUAGUAUGCAAGUGUGUUACCUAGUCUAUAAGUUGUUGUUGCCACUGUAGGUGAUUAGUGGCAACAACAACACCUACCUUAGUAAAAAAUAAAAACAAACACUUUGAACAACGUAUUGAAUCUAACCGAAGUUUUUUGGUUGAACAUAAGGUUAAGUUCCUCUUCCCUUCUUACCGCCUAGUUUCCAUUUUAAACUUCAUGAGGUUUCACGUAAAACCGACCACAAAGGAAAAGCAACUUUCUUUUAUGUUUUGUAAAGUUGAAAGUUGUGUAACGAAAUACCUUUCCUAGUCAGUUUUAAACUAGUGCUGUGGUUACUUUGGUCUAGAAACUUACUUGACAAAGGAAGGUUUCACUUAAAAUGCCUAGGUUUAGUUGGUAAACGAGAAGUUUUUUCCUUUUAGAGUUUCGAAUGUAUCUUAAUUAAAAAAAGGUUUUAUUUUUACUUUUAACUUCCUUGAUCUAAAAAUUAUCUAGGCUAGUAUCUGUACUCAGCACAGGGCAGGGAGUUAAAUGUGUUUCAAAUAAAUAAAAAAUAGGUUACCUGGAAGAUAUCCCUUAUGAGGAUAAACUCACCUUUAUCAUUGUAUAUAUUUUAUUUUAAUUGAAAUUUCCACCUGUUUUAUGUACAAUGAAGUGUUUACAUAUGUAUAAUACACAUACAUAGUUUA